GAGAGAGAGAGAGGUGUCGCUUUUCAUCGAGCGGUGUCUGCACAAUAAAGAAGCCACAGAAAGUGUGCUGAAUUUCAACUCAGAAAGAAAGAAAGAAAGAAAGAAAGAAAGAAAGAAAGACAGGUUUAUUCACAGCUCUUCGGAACUGACAAAGACUCGAGGCACUCGAAGGAAACAAAGAAGGAGAUCGUACAGUACAGUUACAGGGCAGGACGUGGUAGAAGGAGGGGAGAGAAGAAAAAAGAAAAGAGGCGGAGAGAAGAGAGAAGAAAGUGGACGAGCAGAAUCGUAGCCGGUCUCUCUGGGCUGGACCGGAUGAACUCAGGCGCCUGGACGCUCGGUUAGAUGUGAUCACCUUCACCAUGCGGAGUGACCCUGUUUUGUUCGCCUCCAGAGCAAUGGAGGAGCUGGUGGCGGAGCUGCGGGUCUUCUUGGAGCUGCUGGACCGAGAGUAUCUGAGCGCAGCAGUGAGAGAGAAGAAAGUGCAGAUCUCCAACAUUCUACACAGAGUCGUGUCUGCGAAAGAGUCGUCCUGUAAAGCCGAGGUCCACAGCUCACUUCCUGCCCCACCUCAGAUGCCCCUCCCUGAGAUCCCACAUCCAUGGCUGCCUCCUGAUAACGGUCCUCCUCCUUUGCCCAGUUCCUCUCUUCCUGAAGGCUACUACGAGGAAGCCGUGCCUCUGGGUCCUGGGAAAGCUCCGGAAUACAUCACCUCCCAGUAUGACUCGGACGCCAUGAGCAGCUCGUACGAGUCGUACGACGAGGAAGAGGAGGAUGGGAAGGGACAGAAGAUGCGGCACCAGUGGCCCUCGGAGGAGGCGUCAAUGGACUUAGUGAAGGACGCACGAAUCUGCGCUUUCCUCCUGCGCAAGAAACGCUUUGGACAGUGGACCAAACUGCUCUGCGUCAUCAAGGACAAUAAACUCCUCUGCUAUAAAUCCUCUAAAGACCAGACUCCUCAGAUGGAGCUCCUGCUGUCCGGCUGCAGCAUCACUCACAUCCCCAAAGACAGCAAGAAGAAGAAGCACGAGCUGAAGAUCGUCCACCAGGGAGCAGACGCUCUGGUGCUCGCCGUGCACAGCAAAGAGCAGGCCGAGGAGUGGCUCAAGGUGAUGAGAGAGGUGUGUGCUCACGGGAACGGAGCAGUGGACUCUGACGGAGCCGUGUCCGGAUCUUCCGUGAACAAAGCCGAGCUGGAAAAGAAGUUGUCCUGUGACAGACCGAGUUCUGAUGGAGAGCCCAAUCAUGAAAAUGGCAUCUCAGAUGGAAAAGAUUCAGCGAAAGGGAAGAAGAGCUCGAAGACUGAACAGAAAGGCACAGUGGGGAAGGGAGCAGGGAAGAAAAUCACCAAGAUCAUCAGCCUGGGGAAGAAGAAACCGUCCACGGAUGAACAGACGUCAUCGGCCGAGGAGGACGUCCCGACCAGCGGCUAUCUGAACGUGCUGUCCAACAACCGCUGGAGAGAGAGGUGGUGUCGGCUGAAGGAUAACCAGCUGUUGCUACAUAAGGACCGGGAGGAUCUGAAAACGCACAUGGCCUCGCUGCCCCUGCGUGGGUGUGAGGUCAUCCCCGGGCUCGACUCCAAACACCCGUUUGCUUUUAGGCUGCUGAGGAAUGGACAGGAAGUGGCUGUGCUGGAGGCCUCGUCCUCUGAGAGUAUGGGUCGGUGGUUGGGGGUGUUGCUGGCAGAGACGGGCUCUACGACAGACCCUGCCACUCUACACUACGACUACAUCGACGUAGAGACCACCGCCAACGUCAUCCAGCUGGCCAAGCAGUCCUUCUGUUUCACCAGUAAGCGCGCCAUUUCUCCCAACCCGUACCUGGAUAACCCGGUGAACGGGUACGCCCGGCCCUCGGGCGUGGCCCUGCACUAUGAUGAUGUUCCCUGCAUUAACGGAUCGGUAUGGUUUCACACACAUAAGGACCCACAGCCCGGUUCUCUCGAGGCUCACUAUGAGAACACUGAGCUCUAUGAGAACGUGCCUUCCCCCAAACUCGAGACUCGCUCCUCGUCCAAACCCAGCUGGCCACCAGCUUCCUCUGGCCAUUACAAAACGCCCGUCUCUUCUUCCUCAGCUUCCUCUUCCUCCGCUGCUAACACUCCCUCUCAGAUGAAGGGAAAGAAAGCCACGACUGUCAACGGUUUAGCUGCCAAACAGAAACUGGACAAGAACCAACCCAAGAAGACCAACGGAACCAACGGCUCUGUUCCAGUGAAACGCAACGAUUCAAGUGUGGAUCAGUAUAAAUACGGGAAGAACCGAGUGGAAGCGGACGCGAAGAGGCUCCAGGCGAAAGAGGACGAGCUGAUGAAAAGAAAGCAGGAGAUUCGUAACCGUCUCAUACAGCUGAAGAAAGACAGGAGAGACCUGCGCACGGCCAUCGAGAACAGCACCGGUAAGCGCUCUCAGGCCUCGCUGACGGAGCGGCUGAAGAAAGUGGAGGAGGAGUGUAAGCUGAAAGAGGAGGAGCGGGUGAAUUUGGAGCUGGAGCUGACGGAGGUGAAGGAGAGUCUGAAGAAGGCCCUGAGUGGAGGAGUCACCCUCGGACUGACCAUCGAACCCAAGACCAGCAGCUCCAGUCCACAGUCUCCAGUGCUGGUCAGGCGUACGGUGGAUAACUCGCCCAUCUCCAGCUGUGACACCAGCGACACUGAGACCUGCUCACUGCCAGUCAACAGCGCCUCCUUACUGCGACGCCAGGCACUGCAGAAAAACCCUCCAGUACGGGGCCACGUGCUCAGGAAGGCCAAGGAAUGGGAGAUGAAAUCCGGCACCUAAACUCUCACUUUCAGCUUCUUUAUUAUUGUUAUAGUUUUUGUUUUCCUGUUUGUAUUUAUUUAAAUUUGCAUAUAGAAGCGAUCGAAAGCAAAUCGAUUGAAGCAGAGACACAUCACGAUGCAGAAAACAUCUGAGUGUGAGGACAGGACAGGACAGGACAGGACAGGACAGGACAGGUCCCAGGAGCUCACCGUCCUGCAGUGAGUGUGAGUUACACCACUAAAGGGGCGUCAUCGGGCGGAAACGGCUAGUUGUUGUUGUUGUUGCUGUUGUUGUUAGUUUUUUUUCCCGGUUGAUCGUUCUGGGUUCUGCUAGAAACCACCAUCUGAUGUUUUAAAGAAAAAAGAAAAAAAAAACACUUUGAAAGUAUUUAUUUGUAAAUGUUCAAGUGCAGGCCUUUCUCUGUGUGUUUGUGUUUAUACUGUAUUUA